UAGAACCAGCAGUCACACUGUCACAGCUCCAAUUCAAAUCCGACCAGAGUUCUGGGCCUCACAUUUUCUCAGCAGCCAAACAGUGGGUUAAACUCAAGGUACUGAUUUUCUCGGGAAAUUUGGAUUCUUUCUAGCUUAAUUCUGCUGUGACAGUGAUGGGUGGGACUGGGUUUUGGUGGAUUUGGAGGGUGCUUGGGUCUCUGCUAUUGGUGCCAGGAAUUCUGGGUUGGGGCAAAGAAGGCCACUACACAAUUUGCAAGAUUGCAGAGGGAUUUCUGAGUGAAGAGGCUCUCGCUGCGGUGAAAGAGUUGCUACCAGCGUCUGCCAAAGGUGAUCUUGCAGAAGUUUGCUCCUGGCCUGACGAGAUUCGUUAUAGCUACCAUUGGCGAUGGAGUAGUCCCUUGCACUAUGUUGACACACCGGAUUUUAAGUGUAACUACAAAUACUGCAGAGACUGCCAUGACUCUGCUGGACAUAAAGAUAGAUGUGUCACUGCAGCGAUUUACAACUAUUCGAUGCAACUCUCUUCGGGUUACCAUGAGUCCAUCUCAGCAUCAGGAUACAACUUAACAGAGGCACUUAUGUUCUUGUCUCAUUUUAUUGGGGAUGUCCAUCAGCCCCUACAUGUUGGCUUCACUGGAGAUGAAGGUGGGAACACAAUAAUAGUCCGAUGGUAUCGCAGGAAGACGAACCUCCACCAUGUCUGGGAUAAUAUGAUCAUUGAAUCUGCUGUAAAGACUUACUACAGUAAGGAUCUUGCAAUCAUGAUAAAGGCCAUUGAAAGGAAUAUUACAGAUGGUUGGUUCAAUGUUAUACCGUCAUGGAAGAUUUGUGCAAAUAAUCAGACUGUAUGUCCGAACGAGCAUGCCUCUGAAAGCAUUAGUUUGGCAUGCAAAUAUGCUUACAGAAAUGCCACGCCUGGAAGCACACUGACUGAUGAUUACUUCCUCUCUCGGCUACCUGUUGUGGAGAAGAGGCUAGCUCAAAGUGGGGUCCGCCUGGCUGCUACCCUCAAUCGUAUUUUCUCUUCCCAAGCAAAACAAAUUGCUGAUGCAUGAAGAGGAAGGAUGGAGAUGUACCAAACUAGCCAAGUCUUAGGCGAAAUAGCCCUAAUAGUCCAUCUAGUCUGUUCGAAUUUUCACUUCCGUCCUUAUAGUUUCAUUUUGUUAGCCCGUUAAUCCAAUCCGUCAAAUAAGCUAAAUUCCUUGUUACUUGAUCCUGUUAAAAUGAGAUCUGCAUAAAAUGGAUAAAAAAAAAAAAACCUAACUUGACGGAUUGGACUGUAGCAAAAACAAAAUGAAACUGCAAGGACGAACAGAAUAAUUGGUAUUGAUGUGCAAUUUAACCUAAUUCUCUGCAUAUCCCUACGAUGGUGCUGAUGUCCAGAAUAUCCUCUGCAGAAUAUGCUCCACCUCAUCUCCACCUUGCUUGCGUUAAAGAAAUACUUUUAGGGUACUUAAUUUAGUUAAAUAAAGACAUUAAAGGUACUUAAUUUAGUUGGAAGACCAAACUUGUACUCAUCGACCACCUUUGAUGUCUUGUAAUAUAAGGAACCAAGUCCUUCUGGUGGGCCUAUAAAUGUAGUCUGUAUGUGUACUGUCGACAUAUUGAGGAACAUAAUAAGAUGGAGAAGUAUAGAUGCUUUGGGGGAUUUUCCCUUCA